AGAGGACGAUUUCGAGCUCUCUUGCUGCCAAAGAAAUCGAAUUCUGAUCGGAGAAAGAUAUAAAGCGAGAGAGAAAAUGUCAGGGAUGGAGAGAUUGCAGAGAAUGUUCGCCGGUGCUGGAGGGGCGUUGGGACACCCGCCACCGGAUUCUCCGACUCUCGAUUCGUCGGAGCAAGUUUACAUCUCUUCUCUUGCUCUCCUCAAAAUGCUCAAACAUGGGAGAGCGGGAGUUCCUAUGGAAGUAAUGGGAUUGAUGCUGGGCGAAUUCGUGGAUGAGUAUACUGUUCGUGUUGUAGAUGUUUUUGCGAUGCCGCAGAGUGGUACCGGUGUCAGUGUUGAAGCCGUUGAUCAUGUUUUCCAGACCAACAUGCUUGAUAUGCUGAAACAAACCGGAAGACCAGAGAUGGUGGUAGGUUGGUAUCAUUCACAUCCUGGAUUUGGCUGUUGGCUCUCUGGUGUAGACAUCAACACUCAACAGAGUUUUGAGGCGCUGAAUCAACGAGCUGUGGCAGUGGUGGUGGAUCCAAUUCAGAGUGUCAAAGGAAAGGUGGUGAUUGAUGCCUUUCGCUUGAUUAAUCCACAAACUAUGAUGCUUGGCCAAGAGCCAAGGCAGACAACAUCUAACCUCGGACAUCUCAAUAAACCAUCCAUUCAAGCAUUAAUCCAUGGGUUGAACAGGCAUUAUUACUCAAUUGCCAUUAACUACAGGAAGAAUGAACUUGAAGAAAAGAUGUUAUUGAACCUUCACAAGAAGAAAUGGACUGAUGGAUUGACACUUCAGAGAUUUGACACCCAUUCCAAAACCAAUGAGCAGACUGUUCAGGAAAUGCUAAACCUAGCUAUCAAAUAUAACAAGGCAGUACAGGAAGAGGAUGAGUUGCCCCCAGAGAAACUUGCAAUCGCAAACGUGGGAAGGCAAGAUGCCAAGAAACAUCUCGAAGAACAUGUUUCCAAUUUGAUGUCUUCAAACAUUAUUCAGACUUUGGGCACCAUGCUUGACACAGUCGUCUUCUAGAUUUUGUAACUGAGCUUAAUUGUGUUCUUAAUUAUUUAAAACCAAGGCGUGUUUUCCGGUGAGCUUUUUCUCGAUGUUAAAACUCGUUUUAGUUGUUAGAAAGACUAAUACCAUGGCAGAGGAUGCUUUUAUGACAAUUUCUGAUUUUAUUA